AUGUGGUCUCAAAAGCAUGCAAUUCUACUCUUGUUUUCAGUCACACUUUUUUCUCUGUUCCAUUUCCAUGUUUCUGCGGUGAAAAAGUCUUACAUAGUGUACUUGGGAUCACACGACCAUGGUGAAGGAGUUACCAAUGCUGAUUUUGAACGAGUGUCAGACACUCACCAUGAAUUCCUUCAAUCCUAUUUGGGAAGUUUGGAGAAAGCGAAAGAUUCAAUGAUAUAUUCAUACACAAGGAACAUCAAUGGCUUCGCUGCAAACCUCGAAGAACAUGAGGCUGCUGACAUUGCAGAUCAUCCAAACGUUGUGUCAGUGUUCUUAAACAAAGGAAGAAAACUACACACUACACAUUCAUGGGAAUUCAUGUCGCUGGAACAGAAUGGUGUUGCUCCCUCUAGUUCGCUCUUUAGAAAAGCCAGAUUUGGUGAAGAUACUAUUAUUGGGAAUCUUGACACUGGUGUAUGGCCAGAAUCUCCUAGCUUUAGAGAUGAGGGGAUAGGACCCAUUCCUUCAAGGUGGAAAGGAACUUGCCAGAAUGAGAUCACUGGCUUUCCUUGCAACAGGAAGCUCAUAGGAGCAAGGUACUUCAACAAAGGUUAUGCAGCCAAUGCAGGGCCAGCAGCAUUGACAAACAUUACACUUAACACUGCAAGAGACUAUGAAGGUCAUGGAUCUCACACGCUAUCGACUUUGGGAGGAAACUUUGUUCGUGAUGCAAGUGUCUUUGGCUUGGGUAAUGGAACUGCCAAAGGUGGUUCUCCUAAAGCCAGGGUUGCCGCUUACAAGGUGUGCUGGCCACCAUUAGUUGAUGGCGGCGGUGGGUGUUUUGAUGCAGAUAUCUUGGCAGCAUUUGACAUGGCUAUCCAUGAUGGUGUUGAUGUUCUGUCCCUCUCUCUUGGAGACACUCCUUCUGAUUACUUUGAUGAUGGUGUUUCAAUUGGAGCAUUUCAUGCUGUGAACAAGGGCAUCACUGUGUUGUGCUCAGCUGGGAACUCUGGACCAAUACCAGGAACUGUUACAAAUAAUGCACCUUGGAUAUUAACAGUCGCUGCAAGCACCUUGGAUAGAGAGAUUGAUACUGUUGUUGAACUCCAGAAUGGACACCAAUUCAGGGGAGCAAGCCUUUCUGAAGCUUUGCCAGAAGACAAGCUUUACCCUCUCAUUAGUGCUGCACAAGCAAAAGUAGCAAACGCAUCAGUUGAAAAUGCUACUCUCUGUAUGGUUGGAUCAAUUGACCCACGGAAGGUGAAGGGCCAAAUAUUGGUUUGUCUGAGAGGUAUAUCUCCAAGAGUGGAAAAGAGCCUUGUUGCUUUUGAGGCUGGUGCAGCAGGAAUGAUUCUUUGCAAUGAUGAGCUUAGUGGUAAUGAGCUCAUUGCUGAUCCUCAUUUCCUGCCUUCAUCCCAAAUCAGUUAUGAAGAUGGUCUUGUUGUCUUUGCCUACAUCAAUUCAACCAAGAAUCCACUAGGAUAUAUUCAUCCACCCACAACCAAGUUGCAAAUAAAGCCUGCUCCAUCCAUGGCAAGCUUCUCUUCUAGAGGCCCCAACACAAUCACACCAGAGAUCCUCAAGCCUGAUAUCACUGCUCCUGGUGUGAACAUCAUUGCUGCAUACACAGGAGCGGCUAGCCCGACAGAGUUGGAUUAUGAUACGCGUAGGGUUCCUUUUAUCACCAUGUCCGGAACAUCCAUGUCCUGCCCUCAUGUGGCUGGAGUUGUUGGCCUUCUCAAGACCCUCCACCCUCACUGGAGUCCAUCAGCUAUUAAGUCUGCAAUAAUGACAACUGCUAGGAUAAGGGACAACACUGGAAAGCCAAUUCUUGAUGGCAAUAAUGCAAAGGCAACACCAUUUGCAUAUGGCUCUGGUCACAUUAGACCAAACCGUGCCAUGGAUCCUGGCUUGGUCUAUGACUUAACCAUCAAUGAUUACCUGAACUUCCUUUGUUAUCGUGGUUAUAACCAGACACAGAUAAAGAUGUUCUAUGGUACUCCUCAUCACUGUCCUGAUAGAAUCAACAUCCUGGAUUUCAACUACCCUACCAUAACAAUACCAAAAAUUUAUAGCCCAAUUACAUUGACCAGAAAGCUGAAAAAUGUUGGUGCACCAGGGAAUUACACUGCUAGCCUCCGUGUACCUGCAGGCCUAGCAAUAUCUGUGGAGCCUAAUGUCUUGAAAUUUGACAAGAUUGAUGAAGAGAAGAGCUUCAAGUUGAGUGUUGAAGUUACAAGACCAGGUGCGGCUACAGUGUUUGGAGGGUUAACUUGGUCAGAUGGUAAACACUAUGUUAGGAGUCCAAUUGUAGUUGGAGGUGUUAGAGGUUAGGUCAUUAGAUGUGGAUUAAUUGGAAGCAACUAGGGAUGAGAAUUUUUUAUUUUUUAUUUUUAUUGUUGAGAGAUUGGGAAAAAGAUAAGUAAGUGCAUGGCUUGGAGAUGUUGAUUUUGUAAUUUUCUUCUUAUUAGACAUAAAUUCCUGCUCAGGAAAUUGUAAUUUGUGAUUUUUGGUCCUUUUACUUUGGACUACGAGUGAUUUGGUCCUCCUAUUUGUUUUUCGAGUUGAUAAAGUCCUU